AUGGUUUCAGAAGAAAAUAUGUCCCUGGAAGGGACACAGCACUAUAUUAAAUGUUGUUUCUGUGUUCGUAGGGUGGUCAAGUUUCGCCGCACUGGGGAGAGUUCAAGGUCAGACGAGGAUGCGAUUUCCGGAGAACACGAAGUGCAGAUUGAAGGUGUUCGCACAGAACUAGAGGCUGUCGAGCUCGAGGAUGGGGCUGCGGUGCCGAAGGAGUUUGCCAACCCAACUGAUGAUACUUUUAUGGUGGAAGAUGCGGUGGAAGCCAUUGGAUUUGGAAAGUUCCAGUGGAAACUCUCUGUUAUUACUGGAUUAGCAUGGAUGGCAGAUGCUAUGGAAAUGAUGAUUCUAAGUAUCCUAGCUCCUCAGCUUCAUUGUGAGUGGCGAUUACCAAGCUGGCAGGUUGCAUUGCUCACAUCGGUGGUGUUUGUGGGAAUGAUGUCCAGUUCUACUCUCUGGGGAAACAUUUCAGAUCAAUAUGGGAGAAAAACAGGGCUGAAGAUCAGUGUGUUGUGGACGCUCUACUAUGGGAUCCUCAGUGGCUUUGCCCCCGUGUACAGCUGGAUCUUGGUGCUGAGGGGCCUGGUGGGCUUUGGCAUUGGAGGAGUGCCUCAGUCGGUAACCUUAUAUGCUGAAUUCCUUCCAAUGAAAGCCAGAGCAAAAUGCAUUUUAUUAAUAGAGGUGUUCUGGGCCCUUGGGACUGUGUUUGAAGUCCUCCUAGCAGUGUUGGUGAUGCCCACUCUUGGCUGGCGAUGGCUUCUCAUUCUCUCUGCCCUCCCACUUUUGCUCUUUGCUGUCCUAUGUUUUUGGCUGCCGGAAAGCUCCAGGUAUGACGUGUUAUCUGGAAAUCAAGAAAAAGCUAUUGCCACUUUAAAACGGAUAGCAACAGAAAAUGGAGCUCCAAUGCCUUUGGGAAAAUUAAUUAUUUCUAGACAGGAGGACCGAGGGAAAAUGAGGGACCUUUUUACACCCCAUUUUAGAUGGACCACAUUGUUACUCUGGUUUAUAUGGUUUUCCAAUGCUUUUUCAUAUUAUGGGUUAGUGCUAUUAACUACAGAGUUCUUCCAAGCUGGGGAUGUCUGCAGCAUUUCCAGUAAAAGGAAAGCAGUUAAAGCAAAGUGCAGCCUGACCUGUGAGUAUCUGACAGAGGAGGAUUACACUGAUCUGCUCUGGACAACCCUGUCAGAGUUCCCAGGUGUGUUAGUAACGCUCUGGAUUAUCGAUCGGAUAGGCCGCAAGAAAACCAUGGCUCUGUCCUUUCUUGUCUUCUCAUUUUGCAGCCUUCUGCUGUUCCUCUGUGUUGGAAGAAAUGUUCUUACUGUGCUGCUCUUCAUUGCGAGAGCUUUUAUUUCAGGAGGAUUCCAGGCUGCUUAUGUUUACACUCCAGAGGUUUAUCCAACAGCCACUCGUGCUUUGGGCCUGGGGUCUUGCAGUGGCAUGGCCAGAGUGGGAGCCCUCAUAACCCCGUUCAUUGCACAGGUGAUGCUGGAAUCUUCUGUGUACCUGACGCUGGCGGUUUACAGCGGGUGCUGCCUGCUGGCAGCCGUGGCCUCCUGCUUCCUGCCCAUCGAAACCAAAGGCCGGGGCCUGCAGGAGUCCAGCCACAGGGAAUGGGGCCAGGAGAUGGUCGGGAGAGGAUCUCAUUCCCCUGGGGUCCCCAGGUCGGACUCCGGCUCGCAGGAAUGACGGGACGUGAAGCCCUGCGGGAAGAA